CAUUUUUAUUGCAUACUUAAUUAAUAAUUUUUUGUUUUAUAUAUUACAUUAUUAUAUUACAUUUUUAAGGCAUUCUUUUAAAACAUGUCCUGUCUCGCCGCACAAACAAGCCUCUCUCUCUCUCUCUCUCUCUCUCUCUCUCUCUCUCUCGGUUUUUGUUUGCAUUCUUUCGCUCAAUGUCCAAACUGUCUGCUAUUAAAACACCUUACUGUCAUCUUUAAUGAUCUUAGCUUUUUGAUUAUCACCGGAACGAGCAGCUCUCCCAUCUUUGGCUGAAAUAUUCUUAUUCCGAUUCUUUAGAUUGACAAUAGAGAUGCUCUCAAAUGCAACUAAUAAUUCAGUCUUCAUAUCAAAGCGUUGUAUUCGUGUUUGGUUUUGCAAAUUCGCGUCGGGAAUAUCAUCGAUGAUUCAAAAGCUUGAUGCAUAACGCAUGCAACAUCUUCGAGCACUUGCAUUACUAUAUCAGGAGAUAUGGUCUUGGCGAGAAAAUAAGUUUCUUGCAGAUAAGUAAAAAGUGAUGUAAAAGCUUCAUCUAAUACAAUCAAUCUUUAAUGAGCAAUAUUUUUUAUUCGAAAAUUAAAGCUAUGUUUUCUUGCGUUAAUCUAUGUUUAAGAUUUCAAAAUAACAAUAAUUCAGAUUUCGGACUUCAUUUAAGUUUUAUCAUUAGAAGUUUAAUUUUAUUUUAAGUUUUAUAAUUAGACAAUAUUUAAUGCGCAAGUGCAUGCUAAUACGCCUUAUAAGAGCUGCAUUGAUUUUAUUGUUAUAUGAUUUGAGUAUACUAUUGAGUAUAUAAUUGUAACACAGAUGAAGAAAGGCGACAGAUUUCUUCUUUUGAUUAGAUUUCCCGUAAUAUUAAGAAUGUGUGCAGCAAUCAUCAAACUGCUGUAUCUGCGCAGUAUGACGCUGUGUGUGUUACGAAGCUCUGGCAGUAUAAUGUGCACCAGAAAUAUUCCCGGCAAAAAGAAACUAUCAAACUUAUUCUGAUACAUGAUAGACAGACAAUAGGAUUUUGAUUUUACGAAUAUAUGAUAAUAAAGAAGAUACAGAGAACCAUUAGUGAAAAACAUAUAUUUCGAAUAUAUUUCGAAUGGUUUCUAUAGUUGGAAUCAAGCAAAGUGUGUUUAUUCUUCCGGCACGGAUCGUGAAUUAUUAGGUAAAAAAUUCGUUUAUCCUCUUAUUUUCGUUCUGCAACAAAUCGUCCAAGUAUCCGUACAUGUUUGGCAAAAAAAAAAGAAAGAAUUUUAUUUUUUAAGAAGAUGCAAUCGUCAUCGAUUAGGCGAUUGCCAAGAGGACAGCAGAGUAGAGUGCAAGUAAUAUUGGCACAUAUCUCAUAUGGAACGAUGUUGUAUUUAUCGUCACCUUCAUUAGAAGUUUUAUAGAACUUAUACGAUGUGGAAUCAUUUUUGCCUUUAAUUCUCAUCAAGUUUCUAUAGAUUUCCUGUGACAUGGAAUUUUUCUUACUGUUGAUUUUUGUUGAGUUUGUUUAUGAUUUUUUAUGGAAUCCGAAUCUGUCCGAAUUGAUACUCCUCCAAACUAUCCUUGUUUUUGUACAAAUCAUAACGCAACGUUUCCGUUUCGUCGCUAUAUGUUGUUAUAGAAUUCUCGUCAAGCUCGUAUCGUAUCGCCAAAUUGUCAUAUAUUUUUUCGUUGCUUGUGGAGUUUAGCUGAUGCUUGGAAGACGAAGCAACGUAUUCAAGUGCGCGAAAUCAAAACGCGAGAUCUUUUCGGAACAUUAUCAACUUUUGGACGCUUAAAAUUAUUUGGAGAAAAAUGGUUUUUCUCUUUUUAUAUUAAAUUUAUUGUCAGAUCAUAGUCAAUAUUAGUUUCGUUUUUAUCGGAAUUGCGAAAGCAAAGUUGAUGAUAUCGUUAGUUUAUUGAUUUGAACAUGACAACAUUAUUAAUUACGAUUUUACAUAAUUAUUAGAAAAGAGGCAAAUAAUAAAGAUCUGUUACUUAUAUUAAGUAUAUGAUACAAUCGAAGAAUUUACUUCAAAAAACGAUUAAUCAAAUACGGAUGAAAGAAAAUCUCAUUUAUUCUUUAAACUUAUUUUAUAGAUGGUAUAAUAUGUCUUAAUAGCUGAGUAAAUGUUACGUAAGAUCCGGUUUGAAAAUGUCCAUAUUUCACAUGACGCGCAUCAGCACAUAAAUCAUUAUUUUUAUAGAAUAUCAAAGAUAGUGAUGAUGGUUCCAAUGGCGCCGACAUGUUCUCGGUUCAUGAUUCUGAUUUUACUCUUAGAAAAAAGGUACAAAUAUCAAGGUACAAAUAUCAAGAUUGCAAUAAAAAGUUCGUAAUUCUAGUAAGAAAUUUAAUGCAAUCUUUUGCGGAAGAUGUCUUCUUCUCGUCGAAAAUCAAAAAGAAAAACUUCACGUUCAAACUGGUUUUUAUAUUGGCAGACAUCAUUAUAUUGAGCGAAGCGGAAUACAAGUUAUGGCGAAUAACAGUAUAAAUUCGGCGCAUCAAAAAGUCAACGAUGUGUGAAAAAAAUUUGGCGUUUUGGUAUUGCGCGCUUUUUUUUCUCGUUGCUUCGUCAUCAAUGGAACCUCGCAAUUCAAGAAAUGUCAACCAUGAAAGCAACUUCUCGUCACAGGAAAUUUAUGAAAACUUGAGAAAUGAAGAGAGGAACGAUUCUACAUCACACGAAUCCUUUGAAAACUCCAGUAAAGAUAGCGAUAUAAGUAACAUCAUUCCAUACGAAAAAUGUUACAAUAUUACUUGCAUUCAGCUAUGCUGUCCUCUCGGUGAUCGUCUGGUUGAUAAUGAAUGCCUUUCUGAAGGAAAUAAAUACAUCUUACCGCAUGUGUACGGAUACACGAACGAUUCGAUGCAGAGCGAAAAUAAAACGGUGGGCGAAUUGUUUCAGCUAGUCGUCUACGAUCCAUGCCAGAAUGAAGAACGUUCCCUGCUUCCUUAUGGUUAUCAGUACGAUUACAUGUUCUUUGCCAAUGGUUCUCUCUAUUUAUCUUAUUUUAAAAUAUUUGCGAAAUCGACAUCAUACUGUCUCGCCAUCGUGGACGAUGGGAAUAAAUACGAAGUGAUCACCUGCUUAGAGACUUCUAACGAGAUCUUCAGAAUGCAAUCUAAUAACUCGUCGACUAAAGACGAUAAUUAUGUGAAAAAUGCACAAAUUCUACAUGUGUACUCUAAUAUAGUGUCUAUACCAUUUUUGAUGUCAAUAUUUGUAGUGUACUCCAUAUUGCCAGAGCUCCGAAACGUACAUGGCUUCAUGUUGCGCAAUUACAGCGGUGCAAUGACUGUCGCAUACACAAUUGAUAUUGUUAAUGUUCUAAUCAAAGCGGAUGCUAUACAUUAUUCCGCCUGUGUUACAAUCGCCUUUUUCAUCUACUUUUGUUUUUUAAUAAGCCUUUUCUGGCUAAAUAUAAUGAGUUUUGACACGUGGUGGACAUUUAGAGGAUUCAGUUCAUUACAAAGAAACGUAAAACAACGAGAAAAGAGAAAGUUGGGGUUUUACGCGAUCUUUGCGUACGGUUUACCAUUUAUCUUUGCUAUUAUCAGUGUUAUUAUGGAUUAUGUUUCCGAAGAUUUGCCGGAGAUUAUGCGACCGGGAUUUCGCAAAGGAGAUUGCUGGUUUGAUGGGAAGGGAACGUUUGUGUUGUAUUUUUUCGGGCUCAAAUGUAUCUGCAUCAUUAGUAGCAUUUGCUUAUCCAUCUCUACGGCAUUGAAAAUCGCGCGCUACGAAAAGGAAACAUGCAAUCGUUUCACAAAUUCGGAAAGCAAGAGAUAUAAUGACAAUAAGAAAUGGUUCAAUCUGUAUCUGAAGUUAUUUAUCCUGCAGUUUAUCAUAAUGGGAAUAAAUUGGUCCAUCAUGACAGCGAUUUGGUUGUCUGAAGAUUUGUCAAGUUAUGGCAUAUAUGUUAUGAAUUUGGUGGACAUUAUGCAGAAUUUUUGCACCUUUAUUGUAUUUGUGUGGAAAAAAAAUAUCAAGCAGAUGAUAUUGAAGCGAUGCGGCUGCAGUUUGUUUCUUGAAGAUUAAUGAGCAACAGAUGCAACAGCGUAAUAAUAAAACAAUAAUAACUUGAAAAAAUAGUGCUGAUAAAAUACUAAAAAUUUAAGAAAUUUACAUAUAUCUUUUAGACCGUAAAUUAAAAAAAGCUCUUUAAAACUUAUUUACAAGUUUUUUUAAUUUACAGUCUAAAGGAUAUAUGUAAAUUUCUUAAAUUUUUAGCAUUUUGUCAGCCCUACUUCUAAAGUUAUUAUUGUUUUAUUAUUCGCUUUGUAAGGUCCUCUCUCUCUCCUCUCUCUCUCUCUUUC